AUGUUUGGAAAAUGUGUUUAUGCACUUUCAGACAGUAGUAAUAGUCAGUGUAAAUGCCUUCCAUAUACUUGUGCAGCAUGUAAACAAUCUGAAGAAGAGCCUUUAAAAAUUUCACAAAGUGGGGGGACUGUUCAUAAAAAUAUGCUUAAAGAAGGUCUAAUUAAAGAAGUAGUAUUUACUGGAACUCCUCUAGAAAUUAUUGAUGUAAAAAUAGAAUCUGAGUUUGAAGUUUUAA